AUGGCCAGAAUAGCUGAAGGUCAGUAUCAACUGAGAUGGAGGUCUGAACACACAACUGCAGUAGUAGGAGAGGUCCUGUACUGCUGGGGAGGGAACCAGGAAGGAUUAGACUGGUCGCACGAUUCUCCUACAAAGAGACAGUGUACUUCUACUAUUGAUGCUUUUAACUUAUUAUCUGGUGUUUGGUCCUCUCAACCUACUAGAGGUACUCCUCCCUUGGGAAUCACAGGAGUCUCCUGUACCACCAUUAAUAAUAAUAUUUAUUAUUUUGGUGGCUAUUGUGGCCAUGACUUCUGCUACCAUAACAGUUUGAACUGUUUAGACACUUUAACUCUUCAAUGGAAAGAAUUACAAUCAACUAAUAACAAUUCUGUGACUAAGAGAGCUGGUAGUGGCAUGAUAGUAAUGGGAAGUGAAGGUGAACCUCAACAAUUACUGGUUAUUGGUGGGGAGGCUCCUAUAUCAACUACUACACAGUAUCAUCGUCAAUUUGAAUACUAUAAGAUGACUGGUAUUAAUGAUCAUGUUAGAACUAAUGAACAGAAUAUCUACAACCUGUCCAAUGGUAAAUGA